AAAUUACCGGAAGUCUGCAAGAAGAAGAAGAAGAAGCAGGAGACACAACACAGGAGGCGCGCUUUGCAUAGGGGAAACUAGCAGAUCAGUCCAGAGACAUGUCACGACAGAUGGGAGACAGCCAUCGACGGUUCCUACAGACCAUGAUGGCCAAUGGCAUUGUUGAUGAACAAGGGGCAAAGGCACUCUAUCAAUAUUGUUGUGAAACCCACAACACACAGCACAUCCCUGACAAACUGGAUGAUUUCAUCGAUACCAUCAACUCAAAGCUGCAGCCCAUGUUCAUGCAGAUUAGAAAAGGGAUGUCUGAAGACAGCGGUCACCAGUAUUAUGCCUUGGUGAACAUGGCUGAGACUGAUGUCACCAGGAUGUCGUCAGAUUAUGCUGACAAUGAGUUGGAGCUGUUCAGGAAAACUAUGGACCUGAUCGUGGGCUCUGAGGAUGGCAAGGCCUCCUCUACUGAUAUUCUGAACAGUGCCGACACCCUGACCACCAGAAAGCUGAAGAAGAGCGAGACAGAGCACCUGUUGACCCGACUCGUGCAUGACAAAUGGCUCAAUGAGAAACGGGGUGAAUACACUUUGUCCACCAGAUGUAUCAUAGAGAUGGAGCCAUACAUGCGUGCAAUGUAUCAGGACCAGGUCAAAGUGUGCCACAUCUGUCACAACUUUGCUUUCCAGUGUCAAAUUUGUGAGAAUUCUUUAUGUGGCAUUAAGAUACACAACCCAUGUGUGGCCAGAUACUUUAAAGGAAAAGCAGAGCCGCGGUGUCCAGCUUGUGAUGACUUUUGGCCACAUGAAAUCCCUGAAGUCAGACGGCCCCGUUCUCAGUCCAGAAGAUGAGGACUUCAGCAUCAAUUUUUCUUGUUUGUUUGUUAAAUUUUUUUCAACGUGAUUUUGUACUACACCAGACUGUUAAUAUAAAAAUUAAAGUUAUUUUUACAAAAAUAAAUGUUAUUUGUUUGUUUAAAUGUUUAUUUAACAGUCACCAUCAGAAAGAAAACCCAAUGCAUUCUUAUUUUGUGC